UCGCCGCUGGGACCGAGCCGUGUUACUUUGGUCGGUAACGUGUGACGUAAAGUGAAGCGAUAUGUUUUGCAGCUGGGCGACAGAAAAGAGAAGACAACACGGCGAGUUCGCGCUAGAAACGCUUCGUCAUGUCUCAGCCUGGCGUGACAGAAAGCAUUAGUCAGCGGGACGCACGCGUUUAGCCACGACGAGACCUCCGAGCGGAUGCAGUUGUUUUGAAAUCCUCACAAAUACUCGGCUCUGCUCCAGGUCGAGAUCCAGCUCCAGGUCCUGCACCACCUCCAGCUCCAGGUUGUGCUCAGUCUCUCGCUUUGACCCCCGCGCCGCCGUUAUCUGUUUUACUUAACAAUGGCUGUCAACAAAACGUACAUUAGUAUCGGCUACGCGGCGUUUGGGAUGAUAAUGGGCUUCUCCGCUUUCCUGGCGUGGAACAUCGCGUUCAAACAGCCGUGGACUGCAGCCAUGGGAGGGCUGUCAGGUGUGCUGGCGCUCUGGUGCCUGAUCACUCACACCAUGUACCUGCAGGACUACUGGAGGACCUGGCUCAAGGGCCUCAAGUUCUUCUUCUUCAUGGGGAUUUUCUUCUCUCUGCUUGCAGUCGUGGCCUUCAUCAGCUUCUUGUCCGUUGCCAUCAGCAACCAUGAGUCCCUGACCAACCCUCGGAGUCUCUACCUGUCCUGCGUGUGGAGCUUUAUGAGCCUGAAGUGGUCCUUCCUGCUCACCCUGUGCGCUCACCGCUAUCGCAAGGAGUUCGCCGACAUCAGCAUCCUCAGUGACUUCUGAGGACACCGUCCCCACAUCCUGCAGUGACUGUUCAGACUUUUGGAGCACACACGUCGUGCUGGGUGCUCCGUGAUUACUGAAGGGAUCACAGGACAGUUCAAAAUACUUUGUAUUGUGGAUGACCACACUAGGUGACACCCUCGCCAUUCUUGGCCAGUGUCUCCUCUGCACCUCCUCCGGAUUUGUCGUAAGCUCCUCAGCUUUUCAGAUGAGUCCGUCCCAGUUUUAUAUGAUUCUUGCAAGCUUUUAUUUUCUUACAUUUUCCCCUCAUCUCAUUUGAUUGUGAAUCCACACGGUUUCCUCUUGACAAAACACACCGAGUCAUGUUUUAACUCGCGAGCUCGUCUGUAAGCUGCAGUUCCGUUUCGCAACCACUGGAGGGCACCGCGCUUCCAGCUAUGACUGAAGUGCAAAUUUAAAUGAGCAAAGAAGCAAAGGCAUUAACGUGAAGAUGAAUACUGUGCUUUAAAGUUGAUUAACAUUCAAGUAGUGUCAGUGUUUUUCAGAGGCCAAAAUGAACAUGAGGGAUUUUUUUUUUUUGUGCAAUUUGUAACAAGCGCCACAUGUCCUGGUACCUGAAUGGGCAUUUUUAAUCACGAGAAUGAUUUUUGUAAUGUUUUUUUUUUGUGUGUGUGUGACAACAAUUAAGAUGAAUCUGAGCUUUGAUUUACCAGUGAUACCAGUAAUGUGCAUGCUUCUUUUAUGUUGUGUUGUCCUUAUCAAACGCAUUUGUGAUCAUUUAUAUUGAUGCAUAAUAACAUUAUUUAGCUCUAUUUUCUUCAGGUGUACACUUUAAGAAACAAAACCCCACUGCGUUGUGUGUCCACAUGUGUCACUCAAGGUGGGCUUGUACGUGUGUGCGUCAGAGAGUGAUGUGAAUAAAAAAUGUGGUUUUGGCGUCUACUUCGCACUAACUCUUCCUCUUUUUUUAAAAAAAAAAAUAAAGAAUUGGUUAGCCUC